ACACACACACACACACAUGCAGAAUCAUUAGAAUGAUCUGUUUUUAAAAACAAAACAAUUAAAACUCCAAAUUUCUAUCGCUUACUCACUCACUCACAAUAUCUCACAUUAUAUUGUGAAUGGCAGAGGAAUACAACAGAUGUGGAAAAAAGUACCAUUCAGCAUGAGUGCUGGGUCAGGUGUGACAACCGAAUGUUAUUUUAUUUAAGCUUCAGCCAAGCUGUUGUGCUCAUAAAGUAUACUUACGUCACUGCAGAAGAAGUCUGAGCUAUGGUCCACAGCAUAAGUACUUGUGUAAUUCUCAAUCUGUCUCUAAAUUCAGCUAUCUCUAGCUCAUCUUCAUCUCCAGGAGCACGUGCAUUUUUCUUAUCACUGGCAUGAAAUUUAAUUUCAUGGUCUACAUGUGGUUAGAGUGUCAUGUACAUACUGGAAAAAGGACUAGACUAUGUUUCCCAUCAGCCACUGCACCACACCUGAUCACGUCGCAUGACUGUCUGCACCUGAUUCACAUUAAUCGGUUAAUGAUCAUUUUUUACAUAAAUCACAUAUUGCACUGCACCCAUUGUCUUGCGUUUGUCUUAUUCUUACAUUGUUGUCUGUUGCUGUGUUAUGUUCGUUUCCUAGACUUUGUGUUUUUGCCACGAGUUCUACAGCACCUGUAGAAUUGUUUGAUUCUUAUUAAACGUUAUCUGCACUGGCAUCCAUCUUUGCCUCCGUUACCUGACAUAGAGUUUAGGACUGCAGUAAGGACUGGCUUGUACUUCAUGAAAUGUUUCUCAAGCUAUGACAGAGAUGAGGAUGUUGCAGUUUUUAAUGUGACCUCUGAGAAAUACAGAUGAUACAGAAUUGUACUGUCUCAGCAAACACUUUAAAAUGUUGUUAGUUAAGUUAUAAGUACUCUCAGCCCAUGGGCCACAGAACACCUGAUAUUGUUUGUACACUUUUCUGGCCACAGGCUUCAUCAUCUUGAAGACUGCAAUCAGAUUGUAUAUCAUAUAUGCACCUCCACGCUCUAGUCUACAACCAGAAAACAAAUUUGACAAAAUGAGAAUCUCAUCUUUAGAGAGUUUAAAUUGAAGAUAUAUUCACAUGUUUGCCAGUGGGGUAUAGAAAAAGAUCUAUACGAUGUGAAAUAGCUGUUUGUUCUGUGAAAGAAGUUGGUUCAUUGCCACGUUUAGCGAACAGCUUCAAGUUGACUUGAAAGAGAAAAGUCCUUCUAAUCAACCAGCAAUAAAUACUGUAUAUUGUGGGGAUACCUUUCGUGCCUAUUGCAGGGCACUAUGCACACACACGUAUUCACACCUAUAGACAACUCAAUUUUUUUGUGAGGUGGUAGGAAACCACAGAACCCAGAGGAAACUCACAAGGACACUGAUGAGAAUACCCAAAACUCCACACAGACAGUAACCUGAGCUCAGGAUUGAAGCAAGAAACCACACAGCAACACUGUGCCACUGUGUCCCCCAAUAACAUAGAUUAACUCCACUAUAAUGCCAUGCUAAAAACUAAUACUAAUGGCUGAUAGCUUUAUUAAACUAAUAGCUUUGCAACUUGUACAGACACUUUGCAGCAUCAGUUCAUCUCAUCAAAGCAGCAGAUUCGAAGCUCCAGCCAAUUCCCACUACUUUCAUACAUCACCAUUGGCCAGCUGCUACGGAGAUGGGCGACAUGAUUCAAUGCUUUUGUGUGUUGAAAAGAAACUUUAACACUUUUUUUUUAAGCCUUAGGCAGACAUGGUGUGAUGUAUGUGGUCUCCUUUGAGUUGUUCAGUGUGAGGCCUCAUCCUCAGAGGCUGAAGUGAAAUGGAAAAGAUGUUGACUGUAUAACAAAAUUCACAUGAACUCAUACAAAUACAUAUAAACACACCCAGCAGCUAAACCUUAUCCCUGUCCUCAGUCCAACUAAAGGAUCAUGCCAGAAGGUCCGUGAGCCGAUCCAAGAAAUCUGGCAUUCAGGAAUGUUAUUUGCGCUGGGAUCAGACCGUGGCUUUCUUCUUUCUGGUCUUUUUUCUCUCCUUUUUUGUGUGUGUGCUUGUGUGUCAAGGGGACAGACUUGUGGUCUGGUCACAUUCACUGUGAACAGCAUGUGCAGAAAACCUGCCGAACUCCCAGACAUUUGUUAUCCAGGAGUCCUCCAGUAGGGCCUCUGCCAAGCUGUGACAGAGACGCUGGCUCACACACGCACACAAGCUUGCAUGUGCAGAGUGGCGGCAAGCAGGCCAGCACAGAUGAGCUCGCCGUGGCAAGAGGGUAGACGUUCUCUGAGGAGGCGCUGUCCGUGGUGAGUGAGGAUCAAUCUCUGUUUGAGUGUGUCUACAGCGUGGCCCAGCAGGCCAAGCCAGACAUGACAGCAUCAGCAGUGAGUGAGUAUGGCCAGAGUAAGCUGAGUCCCCGGGCCACACAGCAGGACUGGCUCACCCCUCCGCCUGGCCGUGUCACCAUCAAGAUGGAGUGCAACAACGGAGGAGGAGGAGCAGGAACCACAGGAGGCGGAGGAGGAGGAGGAGGAGGUGGAAGAGUGGGGCAAGUGAACGGCUCUAGGAGCUCUCCAGAUGACUGCAGUGUGGGGAAAGGAAAGAUGGCAAGUGGAGGUGAUGGUGCUCCAAUGACCUACAGCAGCUACAUGGAGGACAAGCAUGCCGCCCCUCCCAAUAUGACGACCAAUGAGCGCAGAGUCAUUGUACCUGCAGACCCCACGCUAUGGACGCCGGAUCAUGUGCGUCAGUGGCUGGAGUGGGCUGUAAGGGAAUACGGCUUGCUGGAGGUGGACAUCUCACUGUUCCACAACAUUGAUGGCAAGGAGCUCUGUAAGAUGAGCAAAGAGGACUUCCAGCGUCUCACGCCCAGCUACAAUGCUGACAUCCUACUGUCUCAUCUCCACUACCUACGGGAGACUCCACUUCCCCAUUUGACUUCAGACGAUGUUGACAAAGCCUUGCAAAACUCGCCACGGUUAAUGCAUGCACGUAACACAGGGGGUGCAAGCUUCAUCUUCCCCAACACUCCUGUCUACCCACCUGACACUCCCAGAGCCCCUGCAAGACCAGAUUUAGCUUAUGAAGCUGCCAGACGAUCUGCAUGGCCACCCCAGUCAGCGUCAACCAAUAAAGUUUUACAGUCUUCACCAGCCAUUGUCACCAAAACAGAGGAGCAGAGGCCACAACUUGAUCCAUAUCAGGUUUUGGGACCAACGAGCAGCAGGCUGGCAAACCCAGGUUCGGGUCAGAUCCAGCUGUGGCAGUUCCUUCUGGAGCUGCUCUCGGACAGCGCGAACUCGAGCUGCAUCACAUGGGAAGGCACAAAUGGCGAGUUCAAGAUGACCGACCCAGACGAGGUGGCUCGGCGCUGGGGAGAGCGUAAGAGCAAGCCCAACAUGAACUACGACAAGCUGAGCCGUGCUUUGCGCUACUACUAUGACAAAAACAUCAUGACCAAGGUGCAUGGAAAGCGCUAUGCCUACAAAUUCGACUUCCAUGGCAUUGCCCAGGCCUUACAGCCUCAUCCUCCUGAGUCCGCCAUGUACAAAUACCCUUCUGAUCUGCCCUAUGUGAGCUCCUACCACCCCCAUACGCAGAAAAUGAACUUUGUAUCACCUCACCCCCAGGCGCUGCCCGUCACGUCCUCUGGCUUCUUCGGUGCACCCAACCCUUACUGGAACUCACCCGGAGCUGGCAUCUACCCCAGUCCACGCCAUCCAACCACCCACAUGCCGCCUCACCUGGGCACCUAUUACUAGGUGUCUCAGUGUGGGCAGGAAAAUAACAGCAUCCCUCCUGAGUUGAACUGGAGCGCCCUCAAGAGGCUGAAAAUAGCAGCUUUGUGCUGGGCCAGGGAACUGGAUAUGGUGGUGUAAUUAUCUACACAGGAGAAGAAAGUAAGAAAUGGAGGAGGCACACAAUAACAAACAUGUAAAGAAACCAGAAUUUGACUGUGGGAUGUUGUAAUCAAUACUUUUUAAGAGGUUCUCAAUUGUAUGUAGACCAGUGAGUCUAAAUUACAUCAGAUUAUCUAAGUAAUGCAAAAUAACAAUGCAAACAAAAGGUCCUGCGCAAUUUGACUGCAAUGCAAUAAAUAUUUCAAGGCCAAGUAGCUUGUACAUGCUGUCUGCAAGGCUAAACAAGCAUUCUUAUGGGCACAAGAUGGCCUCUGGACACAAUGCUAACAUAUUCAAGACUUUAAGGUCAGCAGCAGGUCAUUAAGAGAAUGUGAAAGAGGACAAUCUAGCAAGUUGCAUUCAUGUAAAAAGGGCUUUUAAUUUACCAAAGACAAAAAAAAUUUAGGUGCAUGAACAGUUAUAUAUUAUUCUAUAUGUUUUAAGUAUUAAACUACCUUCAUUUGAAUAAACAUAUCAGAGAGAGUUAGUAAGAUGUAAAUGAAUUAAACAGGUGGGUGAAGUGUGAAAGUAAGAGAAUGGCACAGAGAGAGAAAAUGGAAAAUGUUGAGUAUUAGUCAGGGAAUGAGAUGAAGGCAAGGUAAAGAAAGUAUCAAGUAUUACUGCUUUGGAUAUAAACUGCCAUAUUUAUCAGUAUUAUACUACAAAGUAGUUCAUAUGGCAUUAUAGAGGAUAAAGAAGGGACAUUUACUUGAUUGUUAAUUUCAUAAAGGGAAGAACCUUGAAAAUGAUUUUGUUUAAAAAAAAAACUGGAAAUGGAAAUAUUCUUUAAGUGUUUUAAAUGACCUCAAACAUUUUUAGACAGAGGUGGAUUUUUAAAAUCAGUGCCUUAUUGAAGAAGUUCUUCACACAUUGGUGGAGGUUUUACCAAAGUACCAGUUUAUGUGUUGUUAUUAUUAUUAUUUUCUGAGUCGCGAACGCUGUGCGUUUGUCAGAUUGAAGUAUACAAUUCAGUGUUAUAUUUCAUUUUAUAUGAUAGAUAUAUAACUUAUGCAUUUAAACACUACGAGUUGAUCUCAGCCAGCUAAAUACAGACAUUUAUAUGAUAGUUUUAGGAGAAAGAAAAAACGUGGACCAAAGUUAGCAAAAGAAAGUGAACCGCUGUGGCCUUUGAACUUUAAGCUCUAUAAACAGUAUGAUUGUUUACAAAUGUAAGCCAUGUGUGCUAAUAUAAAAUGAAUUGUUUGUGAAAGCUGGUCUGGUUUGGCAUUCAGACCUGUCUCAGUGUUAGCAGCAUUUACACAUAAGACUUCAGAGUAAAAGUAUGUAAAUCUCUAACAACUGAACAACUGGACUGAUGCUCUGAGAUUGGUGACAAAUGGCGGAAAACAUACUUUCAUAAAUUAUAUGAUUUUCUACUGAAUAAAUUUAAUAAACUAUUUUGAAACCAAACUUCUUUUCAAUGUGUAAAGAAUGGUGUUAUAGUAAAUUACAUUUUAUUAAGUGUAUUAUAGUCAGUUACAAAUAAGAAAAAACAUUUCUGUUAAAUAAAUUUUAUUUGCUUAAACUACUGAAUUACUAUAAAUAGUGAAAGGCUUCAUGAUUAUUCACAAUUAAAUCAUUAUUGACAUUUUCCACAUAUUACACAGUAUAAUUGUACUGAGAAUACAUUACAUAUUACCAGCUACUGUACUGAAUAUAUUUUAAAUAACUAAAAAAAGCAAUAGAAACUGUGUGUGUGUGAGUGUGUGUGUGUGUGUGUGUGUGUGUGUGUGUGUGUGUAAAUAGAAUGACAGACUCUAACAUAAGCGUGCUUAACAUGAGUUCAUAUGUUGCCACAACAAAUUUAGAAACAUGAGACUGUUCGAAACAUUCUGAGGAGGAAAGAAUAUCAUCCACUAUCAUAAUAAUCCAAGAAUGACAGUAACUAGAAAAAAUAUUUCAACAUAAAGUAUAGUGUAAAAUGUAACUAAAAUUCCUUUAGCCGUAUUUGAAUAUUGUGAUUUUGUUCAUUUCUCAUUUUGUUCAUGUUCUUCUAGAAUGUUAUAAUUAUGUUGGCUUAACAAAGCCAGCAUACUUUUGUGCUUUAUAAGAUGCAAGUUGCCAUGACUUUUCUAAGUGAUCGGAAUUACGGAAUUCUUGUCUAUCUAGUCAACUGUAAAAGUAUUGGCACCCUAUCUCUCUGUCUCUCUUUUUUUCUUAAUACUGCACAUUACCUUCAGAUUUCAAACUGAUAAGUAUUUUAAACUCUCAAGUUUGUCAUGACGGACUUUACCUAUCUAGUUUGUACAAUAUAAAUAAAAACCGUCUGAUUUGCUGGUAAGAUGCUGCAUUUUAUCAAUCAAAUGCAUAUAGAAUACACACACUGCAUCAGCACAGAAAUCUUCUGUCCUAUAAUGGUUAUCUGUUAAUAUUUAGUGGAAGCUUUUAUCCUUUUGUAAUCCGUGCCUAUUCAUUUCAUUUCAAUACCGCUUAUCUCCUUUACUGCUUUAUUGUGUUUGUUUUGAAACUUAACCUGAAAAUCUAUCUGUAGGCUGCAACCACACUCUAUUCACUAUAUAGUGCACUAUCUGUAAGUCCAUGUAAUAUGAUAAUACAUAAUUAACUGUGACCUUAGAAUUCACUUUGAUCUGUAUGAUGAAGAGGGUGG